AUGGAAACUUUCCUUUUUCCAAAAAUACACACACACACACACACACAGAUCCCACACCGAGAAAUACGAACGAAUUCCUGUCCGGACUCCUCUGGGCCGCCUUCCAACCGUGUUCUUCCCCUCCCCCCAAUAUCCCUAAAUCUCACCCCCCCAGAGGCCUACUUCGCCGAAGACCCCAAGCUGAGCCUUUGCUACUGCGAGUCGUGCCACAAGCUGCGAGGGGACGAGGCCUACUACAAGCGGGGGGAGCCCCCCCGGGACUACGCCUUGCCCUUCGGGUGGUGCCACUUCAGCCUCAGAAUAAACCCCCGCCUGGACGUGGCCAGCACCUCGAAGAAGUGGCACAUGGCCUACCACGGGACGAGCAUCGGAGCCGUGCGCCGCAUGUUGGAUCAAGGGGAACUGGUGCCUGGGAUCACGUCCAUCUUGAGCUGCCGCCCGGUGAAGGCUGAUCCACAGGGAGGGGGCCCGGGCAGCGGCCCCAAUGGGGUCUACCUGGAGGCGGAGGAGAACAGCGUCCAGGGGCGCGAGGAAGCCCACCAUGUCCUUCUCUCGCCCACCCUGCGCUACGCGGGACUGGAGCCUUUUGCCACCAAAGUGCAAUUCAAAGACCCAAAAUCUCACCGACAGCACUCGGCCCAGGUGGCGUUGCAGGUAUGCGUCCGUCCGGGCUCCUACAAGGUCUGCCCCCCCACCCAGGCCGCCCCCGAGCCCGUGGACCCCCGCUUCAGCAGUGCCGAGAUCGAGUGGGUCACCAAGGAGAAAGGUGCUACGGUUCUCUUCGGCCUGCUCAUCCGUGUGGAGUGAGACCACCAAACCUUUCCCUCCGGCCGCCUUCGGCCCUCCGCGGUGUUGCCAAACCCCCUCACCACCACAACGGCACAGAACCGGCUGGAAACGGCAAGAGGAGAAGGAACGGUGGGGGGG